AAAGGGGAAAUGUUUGAUGGAUUGUGAAGUUCAUCCAUGCUUUCCCUUCCCUUCGCGUGGCGUUAUUGAACAUAUAAGGGACGUAAUUUAAUUCCGUUUAAUUUACUUUGUGACAUUUAACGCCGCUCGUCAGGGAGACGCGGAAGUAGAUGACAGCAUGUGAACGGGCAGCGGUCGGUCGGUCGAGGUUCUGUCAGCAGUGCGGUAGAGAGAGAGAGAGAGAGACAGAGAGAAAGAGAGAGAGAGGGAUGGGGCAGAGACAAAUAUGCCAUCAAACUGACUCACAAGGGACUGAAAUGAUGCAGAGAUAACGUCGCCAAAUAAAGUCUGAAGAUCGAGCGUUCAACACAAAAACAGACACAAAGCACGCGUGAUCGGAUAGACCGGCGAGCAAACGUAAAAAAGCGCUGACAUUGAUCAAACCAGCUGUCAGAAUCACCCCGAUACACACCGAGGAUCUCUCACAGCUCGAUUUUAUCCAACCAAGUGAAACUUUUUUACACAUUAACUGAAGUGUCAUUGGCUUGAACCGAAAGCAGUCCGCUGAAAAACGCAGAACAAAAGACACGCGACCAAGUUGUUACUCUCUAUACCCACAGUUUCCUGUAACUGCAAAUCGAAGUUGGAGGUGGAACAUUUAAUGCAAAAACAACCACACCCCCUCUUCCCUGCCUUCAAGCCCCUCUUACUGCGUCGUCAUGGCGAUGAGCAGCGAUCCUGGUUGCGUGGGGUUGGACCAUGACCCAGAUUCCUCCCAUACCACUGAGAUGACAACUAAGAUGUCCGCUGUCUCCUUAAGGUCUGAUCCCUCCUCCAAUGGGGUAAAGAAUGGCACAGGUCUUAAGAAAGCUCCUCCCCGUAGGCCACACCUGUCAGGCAGGAAGAUGUCUUUACAGGAAAGAGGGACGUACCUGUCAUCUGGGGGCGGGGCACGAAUGGCCCGACAGAAAACAAUUGAGUCCAAACGUGUGUCCAUCUCAGACUCGCAGGACUGCAUCCAAUUAAACCAGUACAAGUUAAAGACUGAGAUUGGAAAGGGCUCCUAUGGUGUCGUCAAGUUGGCAUACAACGAGGAUGAUGACAGAUAUUAUGCAAUGAAGGUUGUGUCUAAGAAGAAGCUGAUGAAACAGUACGGUUUUCCACGUCGGCCUCCACCACGCGGUCCUAAAGCAGCCCAGGGAGAUCAGCCUAAAGUGCUUGGUCCUCUGGAGAGAGUUUACCAAGAGAUAGCCAUCCUGAAAAAACUGGAUCACCUCAAUAUUGUGAAACUGGUUGAGGUGCUGGAUGAUCCAGCGGAGGACAAUCUUCAUAUGGUGUUUGAGUUGAUGCAGAAGGGCCCUGUAAUGGAGGUCCCAACCGACAGCCCCUUCAGUGAGGACCAGGCCCGUCAUUACUUCAGAGACAUCGUUCUAGGCAUUGAAUACUUGCACUACCAGAAGAUCGUCCACAGGGACAUCAAACCAUCAAAUUUGUUACUUGGAGAUGACGGGCAUGUCAAGAUUGCUGAUUUUGGGGUCAGUAACCAGUUUGAGGGCAGUGACGCGUUACUCUCCAGCACUGCUGGCACUCCUGCUUUCAUGGCACCAGAGACAUUGUCAGACAACCGCAAGAGCUUUAGCGGAAAGGCACUAGAUGUGUGGGCUAUGGGAGUGACCCUCUACUGUUUUGUAUAUGGCAAGUGCCCAUUUAUUGAUGAGUACAUACUGGCACUUCACAAUAAGAUCAAGAGCAAGUCAGUGGAUUUUCCCGAGAUGCCAGUUGUAAGCGAGGGGCUGAAGGACCUGAUCGUACGAAUGCUGGACAAAAACCCAGACACCAGGAUCACCAUCCCUGAGAUCAAAGUGGACCCCUGGGUAACUCAGGAUGGUGCAGAUAAAUUACCUUUAGAAGAAGAGCACUGCACUGUGGUGGAAGUCACUGAAGAAGAGGUGCAGAACUCGGUGAAGUUUGUCCCCAGCCUGUCUGCUGUGAUAUUGGUCAAAGCCAUGUUAAGGAAGCGUUCCUUUGGGAAUCCCUUUGAGUGUCCAAGCAGGAGAGAGGAGAGAUCCAUGUCUGCACCGGGCAGUUUGCUCAUGGACUCUUGGCCGUUUCGUCCCUCUUUUAAACUCCAGCCCUCAUUAAGAAAAGGGAGCAGUGGAGAGGCUGGUAGAGAAGUCGAGCUGGAAGACCUGGACGAGGAUGAGCCGCCCACCUAACUCUGAAGCUUUCCUCAUUGUCUGCACGUCUCCAUUCAGACAUUUCCAACCCCUUGAGCAGAUCCAUGACCACACCCCUGCACCUGGAUUAUUCGAUUGAACGUCAUCGUUCUUCAGUUUCACAUGAAUCAAGUUCACCAUAGUAACAGUCCUGGUCUAUUUUUAGUCCAUCUUCUCUUUAUCUUGUUUUUUCGAUCUUACCUGUGACCUGUCACCUAAUGCUAAAUACAGCAUGCAAAUUUUGGAAAUGAUCUACACCUAACCAGGCUUAUUUGAAGGCAGACCUUAAAGUACCAGUGAUGCUACAAGCUCAAGUGAACACACAGCAUGGACGAAUGAUGAUGAAACUAACUUCACCUUAUAAAGCUAAAAUCAUUGAUGGCAUUGACACAAUAUGUCGCCAUAAUAAUGUUGUACAUGUGUAUAAAAUAAUAGCUGUGGAGUCUUGCCUUUUUGCACUUUGUAAAUGUUCACAUGCAAUUCUUAACCCAAUCCAUCAGAGCAUAGCGUGAAAUAUGACCUCAAUUAUGGUGGGUUUCUCAUGUCCGUCAGACAUUAUUUAUACAAACCUGCACACACACACACACGGUGUAGAAGUGUGAUUCAAAGGGCCUUACUGUAUGUAUCUACUAAACACUAAUACUAAUAAGGUCUCUUUGACAAAAAUGCAAUUCUAUCCAAAACAGGGCUUAUUUUCCAUGUUUGUGAAUGUCGCAGAUCCCGCGUCGAGAUUGCACUGGAUGCAGGGCUUUCGUGUCACUGUGUUUGUUUUUCGGAAUAGAUUUGGAACAGAAUGUGUCAUUGUUUACCGAGUCUACGCAUUCCAAAAGGCCUAUUUGUCAGUCAGCAUUGGAAAACAGGAACGCACACAGACGCAAACACACAGCACAGCAUCGAAACAAGCGUUUGUUGAUGUGAAAAGAGAGAGAGUCAGUUUCACUCAAAACAGACAAGCCAAUUGAGGGUAGGAUCUGAAUACAAUGUUUAGCGCUGGAACGAAAGUGAACUGCCAUUCAGUGUCAACACCGUCCCUCACGGCACAGAUUAACUUGGUCCACAACAGUACGCCUUGUUUACAUCUGCCUGGCGGAGACAUGUUUUAGAAAAUAAUGGAAGGGCGUCGUAACAGCACAUUUUAUCAAAUGCAUGAGGGCUUAUAUUAAUAAGAUUUUGGGAACAUUUUACAAUAAGGUUGUAUUUGUUAACAUUAAUAAAUGCAUUAGCUAACAUGAGCUAGCUAAUAGUUUAUUAGCAUUUAUUUUGUUAAUGCCAGUACAAUUGUUAAUGUCAGUUCAAAUGGCUAAUGUUACAACUUUUUAUUUUAAUAAUGUAUUAAAAUUAAUGUUAAUAAACUAAUGUUUAUAAAUACAACCUUAGUGUUACAAAGAUUCGUAUUAGUUUAUUUGCAAAAUAGGCUUAUAGAGUUUAAAUGGAUUUUACAAGAAUGAAAUUAUUUGAUACAUAAUUAGGUCAACAUUAUUUCCCUUUAAAUGAAUAAUGUGAGUGCUUACAAGAAACCGUGUACAGAUGUCACUCAUUUUUUUCAUAUAUGAAGGUGAAUUGACAAUUUACAGUGACCCACUUUCAUAUAUUCUCACUAAUAUCCUGUACAGAUGGUGGUCCAUUUUUCUGACUCCCACACACAGCUCUGUGUCAGUCUUUCUCUUUUAUGCACUCACUUUUUGUCGAUCGCAUUUUCUCCUAAAACCGAAUUACCCAGGAAACAUCUUUUUUUUGUGCCAAAUAAGUGGUCUUUUAUGAUCUGCUGGUAUGAUGUAUUUGAUUCAAUGAUUUUGUCUUUUAGCUUCUGUAUGUGGUACUCAGGUUCUGGACAUUUCUAUUCUUGGAAUACAGAAAGGAUGGAGUAGCAUUUUCUGUUUUCGGGGGCUUCGAGAUGUUUGUGUUUUCAAAUUCAUCUAAUCAUUCCCUGAUUGUUUGUGAGUUUACCUUCGCAUACGUCCAAUUGUUUGUGUGUGUAAAAUGUACAGUACUCCUGUGAAUCUUUAUGUAUGCUAUGCACCUGUUUGUGUCUUGAUGUAUGGCAUGUCUCUUAAUAACCUGCUAGAGUUAGCUUUUACAAACCUGUCUACGGGUUUGUUUUACCUUUUGAUAGACGUAUGGGAAAAACUUUAUCUCUAAAACCUCUUAAAAUGUAUCCUGCAGGACUUUUUGUAUAAGCUAAACAUAUGCAGCGGUCUGUAUUGCAUACCUCUGUGUGAGCAAUUGACUAAAGUGCUAAGGCUUUAAUUCCUAUAACGGGUUACAGCUCAUGUGCAAUAGAAAGCAGACUUGAUCGUCCAUUUACAGUACAGUUUCACCGACGUGUGAUGAAUUUCUGAAGGAAGGAUGAGAACAAUGGCUAUUUUGAACUUUGUAGCUCCAAAUUCCUCUUGGUAUGAAGCCUAUAAAUAGUUUUUUAUUCAAAAGUUGAGGGAUGUUAAGAAACAUUACAACAUGCAUCAGAAUUGAUUGUUGUAUAUAAAACACUCAUGUACCCGCACUUUGAUCUGUUCGGUUAUUUGUGUCAGAGUGCCUGAUAUUGCUGGUUAUUUACUGUAUAAAGAUCUGCUGCAUUGAUCUGAAUGUAACUUUUAAAAUCCUAAAAAAAAUAAUUGAGCAAAAACAGCAUGGCCCAAGAAAGCACUGAAUGCAACUCUUAAUGUAAAUAUGUAACAAAUCAUAUGAAGAUGCUAUUUUUUGCAUGCUUUUUGUACACGGACAUACUCAAAAACAAAUAAAGAUAUCACAAGUGAUGGUGA